UAUUUUUUUUUUUUCUUCUUCUGGUGCGUUUGUUUGUGUGUCGGCGAGUCCCGGCGGUGUAACCGGAGAGGGGCCUCACAGAGAGGGGAAUGCAGGACUGCAAUGGAGCACAAUGCAAUACAGUGGUUGGGUGCUCCCUCCUGCCAGCGAGGCAGCUAUGCCUUCUACAAGUCGGUUAGCAGCAGAGCCCAGCCCGACGGGCCCGUCCAGGUGUGGAAACUCGGCGAAUUUUACUUCAUCCGCUGUGGGCCACAGGAUCCUGUGUGCGUUGCUGAGGUGACCUUACUGUGGGAGGACCAGACCCGACACCACCUGCUGGCCAGUGCCAGACUCUACUUCCUACCCGAGGACACGCCGAAGGGCCGGACCAGGGAGCACGGCGAGGAUGAAGUUCUGGCAGUGUCCAGGAAGAUGGUGGUGCGGGUGGAGGACCUGGUGCAAUGGUCGUGUGCACAGCCAGCAGGUUGGAGCAGCAUCCCAAAGACGGUGCCCUGCGGGACCAAUGGCCUCCUCAAACCUCCACAGAGCAGUGACGGCAGCAACGGCACGACGGACAAAAGCGGUGAGCCGCUCAGAGACAAAACUGAUAAUGGCCCGGUGGAGCAUCAUCAGAGUGUGAAAGUGAUCAGCUACCCGCAGUACUGCCGCUUCCGCUCGCUGCAGCGCCGCAUCCAGGACAGAGCAAGGGGACCCACGCUGCAGGACCCCCACCUGCUGGCUCUGGGCGGCAUCAAGGUUAUGCCCAACACCCGAGUUAUGUAUUGCAGGGACACCUUCAACCACCCCACGCUGGAGAGCAGCGCCAGCUUCUCCUGGCAGUUCAGGUGUCCAUCUCUCAGUCUUCGAGGACGACCUCGUAAGAGGAGAGGCCGCGACAGCAAAGACUCGCCAAACUCCAGCCAAUCAGAGUCCUGGAUCGAGAGGAUGAAGGAGAACGUCAUGGGCAGCGUGGAGGUCGGCUGUGACGGCGGCUGGCUUCCCCACCCUGAAGAGCAGCUCUUCCUGGAUCAGCUGUUCGCCUUCAUGGACCGCCAAGGCUCGCCCAUCCACAAAGUCCCCAACCUGGGCUUCAAGAAGAUCGACCUCUUCCUCAUGUACUCUGUGGUCAAACGGCUCGGCGGCUACAAGAAGGUGACGACAGACCGUCUGUGGAAAGUGGUUUAUAAUGAGCUGGGUGGAUGCCCCGGCAGCACCAGCGCUGCGACCUGCACCAGGAGACACUACGAGAGGCUGAUGCUUCCUUAUGAAGAGCACCUCAGAGCAGGAGGAGCUGAAUUCAAAGUCCCAGAAACCCCCCUGGCAACGAAACCCAGAGGGAUCAGAGGGAGGAAACCACUUCCCAGAGGCAAAAAGCCAGGGCCCAAACCCAAGGAGAAGAAGGUGACAUCACCUGCUGCUCUUUCUCCUACCAUGGUAAACCCAAACGGCCCCAUGGUGGUGAAGAGAGGUCGAGGACGGCCGCCAGGCACACGCAACAAGGCCACACUGCUUGCUCAGGCCAAGCUCCUGGCACUGCAGCAGGCGAAGGCCAAAGGAGUAGUGGCAGACAUGCAGCAGCAGCUUCCAGGUGCAGGCAGAGGAGGACCACCUGCCAGCAGCACACACCGGCCCAUCCAGCCGGCCAUCCUCCCCAUCAGCAUGCCUCUCACUCCGGACCUCACCUCUUUGACCACCCCCUUCCUCUCCUUCCAGUCAAAACUGAAGGAGCUGAAGCCAGACCAAGGGGAGUCCGUGGCUCCCGCUCCCGGUGUGCUCCUCUCUCCGCUGCCUCGCCACUUUGUUGGAGGCUCUUUGGGUGGCUUCAGCCCCAUCAAAGGUGUGUGUCCUCUGGAUGUGUUAAGGAGCCGGCUGAGCCUACAGAGGGGCCCGGAGAGCCCGGCCUUAACCCCUCAAGACCCGAGCCAGCACCAUCCAACCAUCUACACGCUCCAGCCCAAGGGUGGAAGCCCAGACACCCCUCACCCGAGCGGGGAGCAGCUCCAGCUCCAGCCGCAGCCCCACCCUCUCCAGCAGCACCACACCCACUGCUCAGGGUGUAACAUGGACGAAGGGGGGCAGAGAGGAGGCAGCCGGGAUGCUAGGACCCGGCCCCCCCUGCCCCCUCUCCGAGUUCUGCCCUUGAACCUGGACUGCAGCGUUCAGGUGUGCCAGCUGAUGAGGACUCGUUGCUUGGACCCGUCUCAGCUGCAGACUUUCACCCUCCGCCUUUCUGAGGCCCUCUCUCAGGAUCUCAGCACUAAGCCCGCCCCUCCCCCUGAGCAGGCCCUGCCCCUCAACCUCAGCAAACGCUUCACGGCAAAGAGACCCACCACGGAAGGACUGGAGCCGAGCCGGGCCACUGUCAACGGGAACACGGACCAGCUGCCUCCCAAGAGACCGAAAACCGGCUUCAUGGAGCAGGUCGAGGAGAUGCGCUCCAGCUCCGCAGGAAGUGCAACAGGAGCAGCAGCAGGAGGAGAAGGACAGGAUGUGGAGAUGAAGAGCCAGGACGAACCUGCAGAUCUGAGCUCCCCCAGCAGGAUCAGGGCCUUCCUGCUCGGGCUGCCCCCCUUCCAGGUGAAACUGGAGGAGGAUCUGAAUGGCGUGCGGUUUGGGAAAUUGGUUCCUAAAAGCAACACCGGAGAAGGAGUGCAGAAAGACAUGAAGAAGGAAGAAGAGGAGGGGGUGGCGGUGGAAAAGACGGAGGUGGAGCAGAGAGACCACGCCCACUGCUCUGACCACGGCACUGCAAAUGCUGACACUCAGUGUUUUUAACCCCCUCCACACAGCGGCACGUUCUGAUUUGUUGGAAGAUGCUUGAUCCUGAAUUAACAGGAGCGGGGAGCUUUGCUUUCUCCAUCUUUACCAACAUCUGAUUUUUAAAUUUUUUUUUCUCCCUGUUAGUUUUUUCCACUCACGUCGUUGUCAAACUUUUCAGAGGAGCGACGGCUCAUGACAAUCACAUCUUUGUUUCUCUUUACGGUAAAGAUCCAGAAACAGAGGAGAGAGACUGACUCUAACAAACACUGCCAUAACCCUCCAUAACACUACAAUCAACUCCACUCUUCCACACAACUUAAAGUUAGAAUCAGUAUCCAUCUAUGGGUGAUGCUAUGCAUCAAGACUUCAUUAACUAGCAUUAGAGUUUACUGUAGUUUGUAGCUUCAUUUUUAAAUUGUUCUCUACUUCUGUAGAGAGAGUUAUUUUCUGAUAAAGUAUUUAGAUGUUAUUUGGAGCGAAAGAAAAAAGCAGCUUCUCUGUCUUCACGCUAUAGCUCGUUAAGUGAAGCAUUUAUAGUCCUGCUCGUUAGCUCAAAUGAUGUAAACUUUUACACACACGUGCCUUAAACGACGCGCGAACUGCUUCAUCGCCGGCUUCAAACACAUUCACGUAAAGAGAUACCUUGAUGUUGGACCUGUUUAACUUCCCUUCACUCCCUUGUAGGGCUGUUUCGACACCUGAGAAAAACUUGAUGUUUAAAUGUCUUUCAGAGCUCUUUAAGCUCCAUAACAAGAGUUCAGACCCUCCUCCUCCUCCUCAUUAGUUUGCAUUAUAAAGCCCUCAGCAACCACAUGAUGGCACCUUUGUCACUACCAGCUCAUACACAAACUUGUAGCCCAAGCAUUCAGACUACCUCAGGUUAUUUUAUAGUUUCACGCAUGCAUUUGGGUUGGAGGCCAGUCCAUAAACGCACAUAGACACCGAGCAUGUGGUGUUAAACGAGGCUCAUCAAAUAUGAAAAGCCCAAAACCAACAACAUGACACUUCUUCUCCCAGCUUCCUACAAACUGGAUUUGUUAGGGACUACUUUCAGUGGCAGAUUCAUCCAUAUCUAGGGGUAUUUGGGCCAGCAUGACUGGCUCACUAGUGUGUUUAAUCAACAACUGCACUUGUUAUCAGAUACUUCCAAUGAGGUGAAAACGGAACUUCCAGCUAUUGGCCUCUAAAAAUCAAAAAUCUUCAUUUAAAUUUCUGAUUUUUAGUUCAAGGUCAUUUCUUAGUGACCUCUGGACCAUUUUUAAGCACAGCUGGUAUUUUUAUCUGCUUAGAAAUCUCAUGGCAUGUCCCUCAGAGGUGGGCACCAGAUCUCAUUCAGCGUGUUAUAACAGCCAUCUGCGGAGUGGUUCGGGAGGUGAGCGUCCACAGGAAAUUCAGGUUGAACCAGAAGCUGAUGAUGAGCAGUCAGUGGCUCCAUAACGAGAUCUAAAAAUUGCUUCUGUGCUGGAAGCUCUGGACAUCCCAGUGAAGAGGAUCUUGAAUGUUAUAUCGAACAAAUUCAAAUCAGGUUUCCAGUCCUUAUAUGGCCCCAUACCUGCCGCUUUCCAGUCACCUCAUAUUCUUGGUUUUCUGUGGCUUCAUAAUAAGACAAAAUACAGAAUCUGAUCAGACACGUUUGCAUGUGCUGCAGUUAAUAAGUGCUCGAGUUGUCUCCAUUCAGACCUCACUGUGGUCUCAGUUAAAAGCAGCUUUCUCCUUCAUGGGGGCUGGGCUCACUAGCAGUGAAUGUACCAGACUAUUCUACAUCGGUGCAAUAUGACAGUCAUGGACUUUGUGUUCAGCAGUUAGCAGGUUGUCCUCAUUUGCACCUCGAGUCCUGGUUUUAGUUUUUCUCUAUGAGUAGAUCAGCUUUAGGAAAAAGUUUGUGGUUUAAAAACUAUGCCGUUACAAUGAGACGCCAAGUGAGAUCGGGAAUCCAACCCGCACCAUUCACUUCACCAAAGAACAUAAAACCGAUCCACUUCUCAUUAUCUGCUUAAAGUGCCAACGUAAAGCACCAGCCACCUAAAAAACAAACAAACUGGGGGUUAAAAAAACCGUCAAGGUAUCCCUUUAAAAUUUGCCUUUUCUUAUUUGCGCUCUGCCACAGACGUUGGCUCAGAUUCAGAUUUGCACACCUACUGUACACACUUGCUUUUCCAUAUUUUUUUUUCCUAUUCAAGUAGUCUAAUCAACUACGACACCGAAAUUAAGUGGUGCUGUUUGCUUAGUUUUGUUGCCAUAUUAUUGUUGUUGUUGUUUUUGUAAAGUUGCAAAUUCUUAUUGUCACCAUCAUGAGUCACGAGGAAUGUUCCUCAUGGUUGAUCUGUUUGUCCUGAGAAUUUUAAGAAAGUAUAUUUUAAUUCAAAGAAACCAUGGCUUGUUAAGAAAAUAUUUGCAGGUGUUUUUCUCCUGAUUUAUUCAACUGUUGGCUUCAUGUGAGGCAAAUUGUUUGUGAAUGAAUGCACGAGUAGAGAUAUAUACACUCAGUAGGUCGUAGCUGGGCAGAUGCACCAAAGUACUCGACCAGACUUCUUUGUAACUUCUGUCAGUUCAUUUUAGGAUUUCAGGAUUUUCUCCUUCACUCGUGGGGAAAAUGAGCAGUAACAAGGAGAAAAUGGUAAAUACCGGUAAUACUACAAAGUCAUAUUCCACUUCAUGCAGUAACAACAGUAAGAACAGGGUAACUACUGUACAUAAACGCUCUGCUUCUUCCUGUCAGAAAAUCUUUAUUUAUUGUAGGUGAGGUGCUUCUGAGUGUGCAUCUCGGUGUACUUCAGAGGGAACGGGUUUGUACAACCACACAAGCAAGGCCCAAGAAAAAAGCUCCAAACUCCAGUAAACAGUUUAACUUUUACCUGACAACAUUUCCAAAAAAUAGCAUGUGCUGUCAGUUUUAUAGUCCUGCAGAGGCAGUGUGUAUUUUCAGGCUUCACUCAAUUUUACACAAGAAAAGUGACAGAAGUGGUUGUGUGAAAUUUUUAAAUAGUGAGUUUUCCAUCUCCAAAUGCCUGCUUUUAUCCUUUUAGGAUCUGGUAAACUGUACCACUUAUAGUGGCGCACAAUGUAGGACUUUAUCAGGGGAACCCGUUCUGCUAAUUUCCAGCUCCAUAUUUUUAUUCUUGGACUCUACCAGAGCAGCUUUGCUUUUCUUAAACUGAUCCUUCAGUUCAUCCGCGGUCUGAAACGAGCUGUUUUAGCUCCUGUCUCUUUGCAGUACACCUCCCUAAAAGCCUGCUUUCCUCUGAUUGACCACCUUCUGGAAGCCUCCUGAGGGGCAGCACCCAGUAAAGCUUGCACUAGAAAUUGAUUCUUGGUUCCUUUUUGGGGAAAAUUCGGUUGAGGCGUCUUUCACAAGACUUUGAUACAGGAGCACGUGGCUUGAGUCCAGAGUGUCAUUUUAUUUUUUCCAGUCCAUGUUUGGUUAGAUUUUGGGGUAAGAACAUGGUUUGAUUUAAAAUGGCCUGUAGUCUUUGCCCAAUGAUUUGCAAAAUUGUUUUCAAAGGUUUGACCGGAAUGUCACAAGUGGGGUUCCUGUCUGCCCUAAAGCAACCCUCCUCUAUCACUCUUUUUGACACUGAUGGGACCGUGGUUUACAAAAUGAACAUAAUUUUCUGUUAAAUAGAGCUCAAAACUAGCAAUAGAGACCAUAAACUCACCAGUAAAGCGUUUACUGAGGCUAUAAAUCAAGUGAAAAGUAGGUUCAGUUUCUCAUUAAUUGAUAGGAGGUACCCCC